AUGGGUGUCGAUCCUUCUCAAGUUCGAUCGUCCAUAAAUAACAUUAUUGUAUAUUUGCAACGUCAUGCAAAAUCAUUUAAUGGUAUGAAAAAACGCUUACAAAAUACCAAAGAACGUUUACAAAAAACUGAAACAGAUAUAGCAAUGAGUAAAAUGCUUGUAAUGGCAAGUGAUGUAGCUGAUCUCUAUAUUCGAUAUUGUGCUUUACGUGUGUUACGUUCUCGAGGAAUUACUGCGUCAAAUGCAAUGAAGCAUUUUUUCGUGUUUGUUGCAGGUUUUCAACUAUUGCCAUUACAGUAUCGAGUGCAUUUUUUAGUUCCAAAAGUUCCAUUACCAUUUCGCCUAUGUGCGGCGGUAAUGAAUCGAUGCCAGGUUUUAUACUGGGUGAUGCUUCUUCAUACUCAAUAUCUGACGCUUGAAUCGGACAUUUCGUUAAGCUAUACUUACAUUCUCGAAUAGCCUUUUUCCAGUUUUCUUGGAUUUCAGGAAAUUUAAGGGUUCGUUUUAUUUCCUUUAUACUGGAGUUCUAUGUCGAGUUUGUUCAAGAAUGGAGGGGACGCUAGCGCUGUAAAACGGGCCUCGAACAUGUGUUUCCGUUCUUUUAUCACGUUGAUUUUAUCGUGUAAAGCGAGGAUCUCGAUACAUUUCGGGAGCAGGUCUGCGUGGGCGGUGUUCUCUUGGUUAUACUGGUGACAUUGGGCUUUUAGGUUCAAGUGCAACUGUUGUAUAUCAUGUUGCAGACGCAGUAUUCCGUUGCGUAAUUUAGAUAUACAAAAUUAAUAUCACGAAAUUACGGUGUAAACAGAUUGAAGAACUAGUUGCACAAAAUCAGUUUUUGGGAAAAUUGCCGAGUCCCAUUCAGGGAAACAAUGUAUAUUGUGCAUCGAAUAUCUACAUGAACGAAGUCG